UUUCCUUUUCUUUUUUUUCUUUUUUUUUUUAUUUGUCAUGGAUUUGUUUUCCAUUUUAUGGCAAUUUAUAUGUUUAUGGAGUGGAAUAUAUAUUCUUGUUUUUAUUGCAAAGUUUUAUUCCAAAACAAUAUCACCACGACGCAAAGUUUCAACCACCACUCCUAAUAUAUUACCUACUCAUGCAGAAGAUUCAGAAUUAGAAGAAGGACAACCUGAAGAAGAUAUUAUUCAUUUGGACGAAUGGCAUAUUCAACUUUUUCAAAUACGUUUUACAACUCAACGUUUGAAUUCUCUCUUUGGACGAUGGGCUCGUUUAUGUCCUACUUUUUGGAAAUGGUGGUUCUCACUAGGUGUAAUAGUAGGUGCUAUUGCCAUGAUAAGUGGUAUAUUGAUCAUGAUCAUAGCUGCUUUCCAAAUAUUAAAUGUCAUUGCUCAAGCUUUAUUUACCACCUUAUCUACAACAAAUAACAACAACAAUAAUAAUAAUUAUCAACGAUGGGUGAAACGAGAUAUAGAACCUGAACAAGUAGAAGAACAAAAUGACCAACUCUUUUUACCCAUGGAUUAUUAGAUACCAGGUGUUACCUUACCAAUGUCACAUAUUGGUUACUAUCUCACGGCUCUUUUGAUAUGUGGUGUAUUUCACGAGGCAGGCCACGCGAUUGCAUCUUUCUCGGAACGUGUACCUAUUCAAAGCUCUGGACUUUUUAUCUCUUAUAUUUACCCUGGUGCAUUUGUUAAUAUACCUGAUCAAUAUCUACUUUUACUCUCUCCUUUUCGACAACUCAAAAUCAUCUGUGCUGGUGUUUGGCAUAACGUUGUAUUAUACC